UUUCCGCCGUCGAUAAUCUCGUAACAGCUGACGACACAGUUGAGACGCACACAGACGACGAACCUAGCGCUCCCAGGCUGCCAAACCGGCUCGCGGUUUUGCGUCUGAAGAUACUAGAACUUUGCUUUUAAACUUCCCAGUUUCAAGAAUACAUUGAAAAUGGCAUUGGUCAACUCAUCCAGGCUGUUGAGCAUCAACCUGAAAAGUGUGGUUGCCCCAGUCACUAGGUGCAACUCAUGGUGGAGCAAUGUUGAAAUGGGACCACCAGACGCGAUUUUGGGUGUAACAGAGGCGUUCAAGAGAGACACCAACCCAAAGAAAAUCAACCUGGGUGUGGGGGCAUACAGAGAUGACAAUGGGAAGCCCUUCGUCCUGCCUAGCGUUCGUGUGGCCGAACAGCAGAUCGUGGCCGCGGAGAUGGACAAGGAGUACGCCGGCAUCACAGGGCUGCCCGAGUUCUGCGCACACGCGGCGAACCUGGCGCUCGGCGAGGGUAACCGAUGGGUGCAGGACGACCUGAACGUGACUGCGCAGUGCAUCUCGGGCACCGGCUCGCUGCGAGUAGGCGCUGCCUUCUUUUCCAAGUUCUUCACAGGCCCGAAAGUCGUGUGGCUGCCGACGCCGACGUGGGGCAACCACAUCCCCAUCUUCAAGCACGCCGGCAUGGACGUCAAGCACUACCGCUACUACGACCCGAGCACGUGCGGCUUCGACUUCGAGGGCGCGCUUCAGGACAUCGCCAAGAUGCCCGAGCGCUCGCUCAUCAUGCUGCACGCGUGCGCGCACAACCCGACGGGCGUCGACCCCAAGCCCGAGCAGUGGAAGGAGAUGUCGAGCCUUAUCAAGAAGAAGAACAUUUUCCCGUACUUCGACAUGGCGUACCAGGGCUUCGCGUCCGGCGACACGGAGCGGGACGCGCUCGCCGUGCGCCAGUUCCUCGAGGACGGCCACUGCAUCGCGCUCUCGCAGUCCUUCGCCAAGAACAUGGGGCUGUACGGCGAGCGUGCCGGCGCCUUCAACAUGAUCUGCGCUGACAAGGAGGAGGCGGCACGCGUCAUGUCGCAGGUGAAGAUCCUGAUCCGGCCCAUGUACUCGAACCCGCCCGUCCACGGAGCGCGCAUCGUCUGCAAGAUCCUGGGCUCGCCGGAGCUGAAGAAGCAGUGGCUCGGCGACGUCAAGCUCAUGGCCGACCGCAUCAUCGCCAUGCGCACCAAGCUCCGCGAAGGACUGGCGCGCGAGGGCAGCACGCGCAACUGGCAGCACAUCACCGACCAGAUCGGCAUGUUCUGCUUCACGGGCAUGAAGCCUGACCAAGUCGAGCGGCUGACCAAGGAGUUCAGCGUGUACCUGACCAAGGACGGCCGCAUCUCAGUGGCCGGCGUCUGCUCCAACAACGUCGACUAUCUGGCGCACGCCAUGCACAUGGUCACUAAGUAGGACACGGCCGGCGCCCCGCACUAGAACUGGUGUAGAUGUUGUGCCGGAUGCGGAGUCGCGAUGACGGCGGCAUGCGACUCAUAGCAGUUCUGGGCCCGUUUCUCAUCCUUGCAGCCAGCGCAAAGCGUGAUGCGUAACUGGCUGGGAAUCGGAAUCGUUGUUACGCUCUAACAGUGCUCGAUGUCAUCUUGAGAAGUGAAUGAGAAGUGUUUUAAGAAUCAUGGGUUUGAUUUAUUUCGUUUCUAACAGCAUUUUUCUGGGGGAUUGGUGAUCUGUAUUGUGCAGGGAGUCCAUUUUGGAUAUUUUCAUGCUGGCGCGCUAUUCUUCCAAUCUGAGUCGGAGCAUUAUCGUCCACUGCCAGUCUGUAGUGGAGCGGAUUUCGCAGACGAAUACAGGUUUUUCUCGCUGUACUGA